GCGCGGUGGGGUGCGGGUCGCUCCUCUGGCUCUGCCGCGGCCGCCGCCGGUGCCGCGCCGCCUUCCUUCCCUCCCCUAUGGAAGAGAUGGAAGAGGAGCUGAAAUGCCCGGUGUGCGGCUCCUUUUACCGGGAGCCCAUCAUCCUGCCCUGUUCGCACAACCUGUGCCAGGCGUGCGCCCGCAACAUCCUGGUGCAGACGCCGGAGUCGGAGUCGCCGCAGAGCCGCCGCGCCUCGGGCUCGGCCGUCUCCGACUACGACUACCUGGACCUGGAUAAGAUGAGCCUGUACAGCGAGGCGGACAGCGGCUACGGCUCGUACGGCGGCUUUGCCAGCGCUCCCACCACCCCCUGCCAGAAAUCCCCCAACGGCGUCCGCGUCUUCCCGCCGGCCGCCCCGCCGCCCCCCGCCGCCCUGGCGCCGCCGCCGCCGCCGCGCAACGCCUGCCUGACCUGCCCGCAGUGCCACCGCAGCCUGGUGCUGGACGAGCGCGGCCUGCGGGGUUUCCCCCGCAACCGCUUGCUGGAGGGCGUCAUCGACCGCUACCAGCAAGGCAGGGCGGCGGCUCUGCGCUGCCAGCUCUGCGAGAAGGCGCCCAAGGAGGCGGCCGUGAUGUGCGAGCAGUGCGACGUCUUCUACUGCGAUCCCUGCCGCCUGCGGUGCCACCCGCCGCGGGGGCCGCUGGCCAAGCAUCGCCUGGUCCCUCCGGCCCAGGGUCGUGUCAGCCGCCGCCUCAGCCCCCGCAAGAUCUCCACCUGCACCGACCACGAGCUGGAGAACCACAGCAUGUACUGCGUGCAGUGCAAGAGCCCCGUCUGCUACCAGUGCCUGGAGGAGGGCAAGCACUCCAGCCACGAAGUCAAGGCCCUGGGCGCCAUGUGGAAGCUCCACAAGUCUGCCAUGACCCGAGAAUGUCUUGAUGAGCUGUUGUUCUCGAAAGCAGCGUUCACGCGUCAGUACGUGAUUGCCGGGCCCUAG